GUCACACUAGUUGUCAGCUGAUCAGGAAGCGCACAUGUUUUGAUUGUUUUGGAUUUAGAACUUCCACCCGGAAUUUUGGAAAAUGGGCGGCCACCACAAAAAGAACCUGCGAGCAGAAAAGGCCAAGGUGAAGCUGAAGGGCGCCAAGCUGCCCAAAGGCCUGAAUGUGACCAAAACGGACUUCAAGGUGCGCAAAAUAGAGAUCCGGGAGCAACUGAAGGAGUCCCAGUACACGGAAACUGGCCAGCGCCAGCUCAAUCUGAAGGAGACGCUAUCCCGGCUGAAGCACCACAGCGUCAAGUUUCGCACAGAUGCCCUGCGAAAUGUUCGGGACUCCCUAAAAUCUGGCAAUGCCGAUCAUCUAAUUGGUCACCUGAAUGAAUUGUUCCAAGGAAUCGCAGCCGGUGCUUUGGACAUGGAGCGUUCGGCGCGUCAGGAAUCCUUCAAGACGCUCGACGUUUUACUGGAGGCCCUGGAACCGCAGGCAGUGUCGCCCUUCUUCCAUGUGAUCACCACCUAUUUGCGUUGCGCCAUGACCCACGUGCUGCCCGCCAUUCAGGAGGAUUCGCUUCUCAUGCUCGACGUCCUGCUGCAGCGUGUGCCGCCGUCGCUUUUGGCCGAGCGGAGUGCCAGCACCAUUAUUGGCAACUUUAUCGACAUGAUCUCCCGUGCGCGCCACGACAACGAGCGUUCGAAUCGCACGCUAACCUUGAAUUUGGGUCAGGGCAAGCAGACGACGAUCAAGUGGCGCACCAAGGUGCUCAUCCGUCUGCAGCAGAUCCUCGGCACUCUGGUGAGAACCAAGAGCUCCAAGCCAGCCGUUGCCCGAGUCGCUUUCUUCGAUGAGAUGCGGCCGCAGUACUACAAUGUUCUGUGUCCCGUGAAACAGGACAAUCGCGAUCUGUACACCAUUCUCAAUGAACCCAAGCUGAGUGCUGAGGGCGCACGACUGCAGACGUACGUGGAGCAACUGCUGCCGCUGCUCCAAGACAACUGGCUGGAGGUGCGGCCCCAGGAACAGCAACCGCUGCUCAGCCAGGAUGCGGCGGCCAGUCUGCAUGUGGUCAUCAGUUUGAUGAGCCUGCUCUGGACUCUGAUCGCACAGCAUGAAACGGAGAACAACACCCGGGAACUAAGCGACUGGCUGAGGAAGAACUACGCACAGAAGUUCCUGCUUAACUUUUUGGCCAAGGACGGCAGUCGUUUUCCAUACCAACAGAUCCCUUUGGCCGCCAAGAAGUCAGCCAAGGACAAGGGACCAUUAGAUGGCGGCGAGCUGUGUUUGCCUCAGAACCUCGGUAUUGUCCAACUGGCUUGCAAGUUCUUUCCGGAUCCCAACAAAAAGCAGGGCCAAUUGUUCGGCCACUUGGUCAAGUUCAUGCAACAGCGCAUGGAGCGCCUGAGUUCGCUGCCGCCGGAGCAGCAGCUUUCCGUUGUGGCUUCCCUGCGCUCGCUGCUCCUCGAAAACGCUACAGCGCUGCUGAAAAUUGUGCCGGAACCGUUGACCAGCCUGCUGAGCGCAUCGAUUGAGGCCUAUGUGGGUCAGCGAUUCACAACCCGCGAGGGAGUAACCACUCGAGUGCUGAGUCUUCUCUGCGAGAUUGUGGAGCGUUCGGAUUUGUAUGCCCGUUUUGGCGGCGAGCAGAGGUUCGCUCCCUUUUUGAGCUACUUACCCCAGUUGCUGCUUAAACCAACAGUCAGCGAAGGCACUUUGCGGGCCAUGGCCACGCUGUGCCGCCAGUUGAAUGCGGCCUUCAUGUCCUCUCUGAUUCAAAUGGCUCCGGAAGUUCUUAGCCACUUGAUUAAGAUGCAGGUCACGGGCGAUUCCGAGGCCGAGGAUAAGUUCGAGAACCAAAAGCGCGUCUUGAAUCUGUUCUACUACGCCAGAGAGUGCGACAAAGAGGGACAACUGGAGCGCGGACUUAAGCAGCUGGAGGAGCAGGCGGGAAACGAAGGCACUGCUGGUUACCUCAAAGCAGUGAUGGCCUAUAACUAGCGCCUUAAGUCCAUAACACACACCUGCUCUGUAUAGCUUCUACAAUUAGUUUAAUGUAUACAUUAUAUUCCUCUUUCUUAAGGCGAAAAAAA